AUGGAGCAUGGAUCAUCGCGCAAGUCCUCGGUGGUGAGGCCCUUCUCGCUCCAGCUGUCGGCGUCGCUGGUCGAGGAUCUCUACGCGCCGAUCGCCAUGCCGCACCCGAUGAGCAGCUCUUCUAGCUCUCAGGAACAGGAAGAAUCGCCUCCAUCGCCGGUUGAUGAGUCGGCGCCACGGGCGAGGAGCCCGGAGGAAAAUGCUGGCCCGGGAUUUUGUCCAAUGUGUGCCACAAGGCGUUCCUUUGGUGAUGUCAGCCAUGAAUCUCCAUCCACUUCCAAGGAGAAAUCCCCUCCCUGGACUCUAGUUCUUCGCUUCAAAGCCAUCAGUGUUACGAUGGAUCACACCGAAGUUGGUCCGGGCUAUGAUACCUUUGGCAAGAAGCUACUUGGAUGCCUUCUAGGAGUUUGCAUUAAGCUGGCUCGUUCCAAGAAGAAAUCCAGCAAGAUCAAGGUUCUCAAGGACGUGAGUGGCUAUGUGAUGCCGGGUUCCAUGACUCUUGUUCUCGGUCCGCCAGGCAGUGGGAAGAGCACUCUCCUCAAGGUAGCAUGGUGA